CUGUGUGCAGGGGUUCUGUGGCUGUGCGUGGUGGGGGAGAGUCUGUACGUCGGCCUGCUGCUCACCGGCGGCGUGAUGAUGAUGGUGGAGCAGUGCCCCUGCUUCAGCCUCAUGAACAAGAUGAAGAUCAGUGCCUUCGCCGCCAUGUGCACCGCCCUCUCAGGCCUUUGUGGGAUGGUGGCCCACAUGAUGUUUACCACCUCCUUCCAUCUGGCUGUGUCCAUAGGGCCGGAGGACUGGAGGCCCAAGACCUGGGACUACAGCUGGUCCUAUGCCUUAGCGUGGAGCUCUUUCGGCACCUGCAUGGGCUCGGCGGUGACGGCGCUCAACAGGUACACGAAAACCAUCAUCGAGUUCAAAUACAAGCGGCGGAACAUCGAGAAGAGCCUGAUGAUCAGCCAGCAGAUGCUGGAGCUGGGUCUCCCCGACCAGAUGUGGGACAUGUACCUGACCUCCACCCCCCCGGAGCUGCCCGUUAACGGCCAAAAGCCCCCCACGGGGUCCCCCUACGAGCUGGAAACGGACAGUGGAGCAGAGCAGCAAGUGGAGGCCUAUUGUUGA